AUGGCUGAACUGCUACACAAAGCUAUUAGCGCCAUGUCCAUUGAGGAUGAAGCUCCCCUGGUGUUGCCGGAUGAUCCUCAGUUUACUGUAUGUGUUGAGAAUACGACGAGCCUGCUUGGUCGCUUGUUGAACCCGGAGUGCCAGAACAUGGCUCGUAUGAUUGAAUACAUGCCCACAGCUUGGAGAGUCUUUGGAAGGGUAAGAGGUAUUGCGCUUUCAAGAGAUCGUUUUCAGUUCAUCUUUCAGAGAGAGGAAGAUCUCCAAACUGUUUUGAAAGAUCGCCCAUGGUCUUACAAUCACUGGGCUAUGGCCUUAGAGAGAUGGACUGCAACACCGCCUGAGAACUUUCUUAGUACAAUGGAGAUAUGGAUUCGCAUCAGAAACAUUCCGGCGAAUCAUUUUACCACUGAUACGAUGCAUCGUUUGGCGUCUGAAGUGGGGAAAGUGGAGGUGAUUGCUUAUGACCCCAAAGUCUCUCAUUUCAAGGACUACAUUCGAGCGAAAGUGACUUUUAAUGUGGAGAAUCCAGCCAAAGCAUCAAGUCAGUUAUCCAUUCGCACUGGGGGUAUUGCUAAUAUUGAGUUCGAGUAUGAGAAAAUACAUAAGAGAUGCUUCCAUUGCCUUCGCCUAACUCAUGAGAAGCUCAGAUGCCCUCUUCUCCGUAAGGGCCCUAGCUCUGUAAAGCCUCGCGAGGGUUCUCGUCAUUCUUCUAUGAUGAACGCCUCAAGUCUGGUGGUAGCUACGCCCCUUUCACAGGCUUCUCAGCUGGAGGGCCCACCGGGUUUCCCCCCCAUGUUUCCUGAACUCUCUCCUGAGGAACAGAAGAUGGCUAUGCUAUACAUCUCUCAUGCUGAUGAGACUGAAAGAAGAGCUCGGAUUGAACGUGUACGACAAGGUAUUGCUGAGAAUGCUAGGGAAUCAUCUCUUCGUUUGGCUAGAAUCACAACUGAGCUUGACAAAGGGAAGGGACAUGUUUAUCAUUACCCUGUUGGCCCCACUGAGAUGGCAAGAAAGGAGAAAUCUUUGCGUCUCUUAGAACCUUUGACGAAAACUCUGGAAGUUAAUGGGGAAGAAGAAGAGUGUUCUGAUACUAACUCUGUUACUUUCUCUGCGCCUGUGAAGACCCUGUCGGGUUUUCAGCUUGGCCCUUCUUCGGGAGGGCGAGUCACUGGAAAUUCAGGUGCGAGCAAGAGUUUAAGAAAACGCCCUUCCUCAUGGAAAAGAAAGCUGGCGUCCAAAGAGCCCAUUACGUUAGCCUCAGCUACUCCAGAGGUUUCUACUCAGCCGUUAGUCUCAAGUUCGAAAAGGAAACAGUCUUCCUCUGUUCAAUUCUCGGACAACAAAACCCCAAAACACACAAACUCUUCGGUGGCUUCCGUAUUGAAGCCGCUGCCAUCCCAAUGA